AUGCGCUCCCACUGCGAACUGACAGCAAAGAUUUCAUACUGUAUUCCAAAGACUCUAAUUUGCAUGGGUACUGGAAUAAUCCCACUGGAGAUUACUAAAAAGUUGGCUCUUCAAGAUAACAAAAUUACAGUGAUUCCUUUGAGAACCUUUUUGUCCAUUCCGUACCUCACCCAUUUGAACCUUCAGAGAUGCAAGAUAAAAAGCAUUGAGGAAGGGGCUUUCAGGGGAUUAGGACAGUUAGUUUACCUCAAUCUGGCUUCUAACAAUAUAGCCUUCAUCUAUCAAGAAUCGAAGUGGGCUUCUGCCAACUUUCUCCUGAUAACAGCCAUGAUUACAGAAAUUCUGAUUGCUGAACACUGCCCACAAAUCUGUACCUGUGAUAGUAUCAAGCAUCAAGUCAUUUGCUCCAACAGGAAUCUGACUAAGGUGCCUGUUAAUAUCCCUCAGAUUACUAAAAAGUUGGCUCUUCUAGAUCACAACAAUUUCACUCAAAUGCCCAAGGAUGCCUUCAGGUACUUGCCCAACCUCUUUGCUUUCCACUUGCAACACAAUUCAAUCAGUCAGCUGUCUGAUAAUGCUCUGGCUGGAAUGAAACAAUUACGCUGUCUUUACUUAACAGGAAAUCAUAUUACCUACUUGUCUCCUAAGGCUCUGAAGCAGGCCAAGAUGCUAGAGAAACUGCAUCUAGAUGAGAAUUCUUUGCAAGAAAUUCCCACCAAGGCCCUUAGAGGAUUGCCUAUACUCAAUGAACUGAAAUUGUCUAAAAAUCCUAUAAAAUACAUUGGGAACGGUGCUUUCCUUCCAAUUGCAAGAUCUCUGCAGCACUUGUAUCUGGAUAACAUGGCCCUUCAGGAGGUUUCUUUUGGGGCCUUCACUGGCUUGGGUCCAAAUAUUAAAAGUCUGUAUCUGGAGAAAAAUGGAAUGUACAAUUUACCUAAUUUACAUGGCUUCACUGCUCUGGAGGUAAUCAACUUGAAUGAUAUCCCUUUCUCCUGUGAUUGUCGACUUCUCCCAUUACGCAAUUCUGCAGUUCUUGAACUUAUCAUUACCAACUUGUGUUGGCAGGUUUCUUUUGGGGCCUUCACUGGCUUGGGUCCUAAUAUUAAAAGUCUGUAUCUGGAGAAAAAUGGAAUGUACAAUUUACCUAAUUUACAUGGCUUCACUGCUCUGGAGGUAAUCAACUUGAAUGAUAUCCCUUUCUCCUGUGAUUGUCGACUUCUCCCAUUACGCAAGUGGCUUGAUAACUUGAAUCUGAGAGCAGGGGCUACUUGUGGCUCUCCACCAAAUCUAUACAGGCAAAAAGUGAAGCUUGUCACUAUCUUUCAAAAUUGCCCAGGCUGGAAUAUCCACAAGGCCAAGCAAAUCAGCUAAACUGUAUCCAAAAU